AUGGCGGUCGUCGCUUUGCUUGCAAUUGCGCUCGCCGUGUACGUCGCGGCGUUGAGCGUUUACCGACUCUACUUCCACGCGCUCAGCCAUAUUCCAGGACCUAAGCUCGCAGCGAUAACCCACGGCUAUGAGUUCUACUUCAAUGUCGUCAAAGGCGGGUUAUUUAUCUGGGAGGUCGAGCGGAUGCACAAGGUCUACGGGCCGAUCGUCCGCAUCAACCCACGCGAAGUCCACAUCCAAGACCCAGAGUACUACGAAGAGAUCUACGCAUCGUCCGCGCGCAAACGCGAGAAGGAUGCGGUGUUGAUGGCCAAAUUCGGACUGGCAGGCUCAGGGUUCAGCACGGUUGACUCAGAGACGCACCGACAGCGUCGCGCACCCGUCGAGCGCUUUUUCGCGAAGCGCGUCAUCGAGAAGAACGAGGCGCUGAUCUAUAGAUCCAUUGACAAGUUGCUGUACUACAUCGACGAAGCGCAUCGCUCGGAUACAGUCAUUAGCCUGGACGCUGGCUUUGCGGCGCUGACCUCUGAUAUUAUCUACGAGUACGUGUACGGGUUUAAUCCGGGGAGUUUGGAUAAGGACGGAUUCAACGGGCAAGUGCGCGACGGCAUCAACGGCCUCAUGCGCAUGUCGCAUCUGCUCUACUUCUUCCCGGUCCUGAAUAAGAUCAUGGACGCGGUCCCGCUGCCUUGGUUGGAGAAGUUGAGUCCGUCGGCGUUCGCGCUGGCUGAUCAGAAGAGAGAUCUUUACGAACGGGGUAUUCGGGCUUUGAACGACGCGCACUCGUCCACAGCGGAAAAGAGUGACAACUUGAUUAAUGCGCUGGCGGCGCCGAGUGUGCCGGGGCAUAUGAGGUCGCCGGAGAGACUGAUGAACGAGGGCUUUGCGCUGAUCAUUGGAGGGACCGAGACGACGGCGAGGACGUUGAGUGUCGGGGCGUGGCAUAUAUAUGCGGAUGAGGAGAUUCGGCGGAAGCUGAGGGAGGAGUUGAAGAGUGUGAUGCCGACGCCUGAGUCUCGACCGCGGUGGAAUGAGUUGGAGAAGUUGCCGUAUCUGUCCGGUGUCGUCAAUGAGUCGCUUCGCUUGUCAACAGGGAUAGGAAACCGGUCCGCCCGUGUCGCUCCCACAGAAACACUGACGUACAAGGGCGUCACCAUCCCACCAGGGACCCCGAUCAGCUCCAUCCACCAACCCAUCCUGAUGCAUCCGGAGAUUUUCCCCAACCCCGAGGCAUUCGAUCCCGAGCGGUGGAUCCGCGCGGCGGCGCAAGACAUACGUUUGGAUCGAUACCUGGUCAAUUUCGGCAAGGGGAGCAGAAUCUGUGUUGGACUGAAUCUCGCGUAUGCGGAGCUCUUCCUCGUGAUUGCGCUGCUUGUCCGCCGAUUUGAUCUCGAGUUGUAUGAAUCGCCGAAGGACCGGCUUGAAUUCGCGAGGGACUUUGGGACGCCGUGGCCUGAGGAAGGGGGGUUGAGUGUUCGCGCUAGGGUUGUCGGGGUCGUUAGUGAGUAG